AUGCUCGGCGAGAUAAGACAAGCAGCUUUCAUUGCACCGAUCUUGAGCACCAUGAGCUUACGGGACCAUAAAGUAAGCACACGAUCGAGGGGUAGUCCUUGGCUUCGUAAAUGCAGGAAUGUCAUGCAACUACAUGUCCGAAUCCCAUUCAUUGAUAUAAGUAUUGACUGGAGACAUAGCUUGAGAACUCUCGAAACAUCCAAAAAGUCACUAUUCUUCCGCCCACUCUUCUCCAAAUCAUCGUUCCAAUUAUUUCCAAUGCCUACAUUUACGGUUUACAAGGGCCAGAAAGAUGGAAUCCCAAGGAAGAGCACCACUACAAAACCAGAUGAGCUUACUGGAGACAAGGUUCUGAUGAGUGUCUCCGCGUCUGGGAUUUGUGGAACAGAUCUUCACUUCAGAACAGAAGAUAUUGUACUCGGCCAUGAAGGUGUUGGGGUGGUUCAGGCCAUCGGCCCGGAAGUCAAGCAUUUAAAGAUCGGAGACCGUGUUGGUUGGGGGUAUGAGACCAAUAGCUGCGGCCACUGCCUUGAAUGUAUCCAGGGGUUUGAGACAUUCUGCCCAGAACGCGAGAUGUAUAGUUCUGCAAAUUUGGAUCAGGGAAGUUUCGCUACUCACGCCAUUUGGCGUGAAGCGUUCUUACAUUUGAUUCCGGAAAGUAUGAGUGACGAAGCAGCCGCGCCUUUGCAAUGCGGCGGUGCAACUACAUUCACCGCCCUUAAUGGAGUGAAACCCACCGACACCGUUGGGAUAAUGGGUGUCGGUGGUCUGGGUCACAUUCCCAUUCAAUUUGCGUCUAAAAUGGGCUGCAAAGUGAUUGUGCUCUCCGGCACCGACUCCAAGAAGGUUCAAGCACUCAAGCUCGGAGCCCACGAAUUUGCCGCAACCAAAGGCAAAGAUGUGAAUUCAAUCGCCGUCUCACAUCCCAUAAACCGUCUGCUUGUCACGACAUCAGCCUAGCCGGAUUGGAAGAUGAUCCUGCCACUUAUGGCGUUUUAAAGUUAUUGUAGAACUUGUAAAUUACUAUUUACAAGAGCUGAAAAAUAAGGUGUAAUCUAUCAUAUUAAAUAUAUGAAAUAUUAUUUAUAUAUAAGGCACUUAGAAAGAUAAAUUUUGAAGUACUAAUCUUUAAAGUCUUAAAUGAUAUAAUAUUUAUAUUAACGUUCUUUUAGUUAUCGCUCGUUAUUUUAGUUUCUUUAUCAUCGUCACCCAUCGCUGUGUGUAGGAUCACCUAAACUCCAACUCAAAAUAAAUAAAAUAAAUAAAUUAAUAUUUUUAUGUUUAUAAAUUCAUCAUUAUUACUAGAUUUAGUGACUUUUAUAUGCGGCUAGAAGCGUCGGCGCGUCUUUUAUGUGUUGAUUCCUACGGUAGUUGGCGAGAGGAAGUGGGUGGGUCUCUUGUGGAGCGUACAGCAACAACCCACUCCAGCACUUCGAGUGAAGUUAAGGGUUUGACCCGUCUAUCAACUCUGAAGUCUGGAAGGAGCGACGAGGGCCAUUGUCCAUUUUACCACGAUUCAAAAGCAAGGUUUGCACACCGCCUUGACUGCAGACUUGAUACAUAUCCC